UGCCCUAAUCUAACGUGAGGACCCUUGACCUCUGACCCAAGAUGGCGGCCCCCAGAGCGGUCUCGCUCCCUGUUGCCCUGAGGUGAACUAAGUCCUUGAACCUCGCAUCAUGUCGAAGCUAAGCCGGGCCACUCGGGCCGUCAGGAAGCCCGAGGCCGGCGGCGUGAUCCGGACCAUCGUGAGAGCAGGCCAGGCCAUGUCCGGGCCCCCACUAGGCCCCAUCCUGGGUCAGCGCGGCGUUUCCAUCAACCAGUUCUGCAAGGAGUUCAACGAGAAGACGAAAGACAUCAAAGAAGGCAUUCCUUUGCCUACCAAGAUAUUUGUGAAGCCUGAUAGGACGUUUGAAAUUAAGAUUGGACAACCCACUGUUUCCUACUUCCUGAAGGCAGCUGCUGGGAUUGAGAAGGGGGCCCGGCAGACAGGGAAGGAGGUGGCAGGCCUGGUGACCUUGAAGCACGUGUAUGAGAUCGCUCGUGUUAAAGCUCAGGACGACGCCUUCGCUCUGCAGGAUGUGCCCCUGUCCUCUGUUGUCCGCUCCAUCAUUGGCUCUGCCCGUUCCCUGGGCAUUCGUGUGGUGAAGGACCUCAGUCCAGAAGAGCUGGCAGCUUUCCAGAAGGAGCGAGCCAUAUUCUUGGCUGCUCAGAAAGAGGCAGAUUUGGCAGCUCAGGCAGAAGCUGCCAAGAAGUGACCCCUGUCCCGCACACUCCAGGAUUUUGAAGGGAGCAGCUGGGAAGGGGGCCAGUGGGAAGGCUGUGCCAAAUGGAAGAGAAGUGACACCAACCUGAUUACUGUUCCCUUGACUUUAAAUUAUAUAUUUUUACAUGUAUGGCUAUAUCGAGGGAUUGAGCCUAAAUAAACAUCCUUUGUCACUCA